AUGCCGGUUCAAGAGGGCCGAAUCUGCAAAAAUAAGGCCCACCAAAUAUCUCAAUCACGACGCGUCUCUACCGUCCAGAAGAUCCAGAAAAAACUCCCACUGGUUGAGCGUACAAACGCACUGAACAUUACAGAGUUCAUUUCAACCUACAUAUCUCCAAGAAUCCUAUCCACAGAGUCCAAUACUCCACCUCCAGAUCUUGGAGAUGAAUCGGGAUCUCUAAAAACCGAUCAUGGGCUGGAUAUUCCCAACCAUAACACGUCCUUGGACGUGUACUCUGCAUCAACAAUUUCACCGACAGACCUAGAAGCCUGUCUCGAUCUAAUCGAAUUAACAUCCGGAGAAGCAUACGCUGCCUCUGGUAUUGGCUGGUCACGUCCGAAGAAGCGCAAAGAGAUGCAACUUCCUGAUAUGAAGUAUCUUAUUCUGCGCGGUGUUGCGGGGCGCUCGGCUGUCGGGACCGAUGCCGAGCGAGGCGAUGGGCCGGUUGAAGAUAUCGUGAAGAGUCGCAGUGGGGACGACGAUCAUAAGAAUGAAACCGAUGAAGAGAUCGGCGGUGCCACUGAGAGAAGUAAUGGCGGUGUGCUUGGAUUCUUGUCCUUCAUGGUUACUUAUGAAGACGGGAAAGAAGUUAUUUACUGCUAUGAGAUUCAUUUGUCGUCGGCUGUGCGGGGACAGGGCUUGGGCGCAUUGUUGAUGAGUAGGAUGGAUGAAAUUGGGAAGUUGGUCGGGCUGGAGAAGGCUAUGCUCACUGUCUUCAGAUCUAAUGUGGCUGCUUGCACAUUCUAUGAAAAACUGGGUUAUGAGGUGGAUGAAUGUUCGCCGCGGCCUAGGAAAUUGCGGAAUGGGACGAUUAAGGAGUAUGAUUAUUUGAUUUUGUCAAAACGGCUGAAGUGA